AGCUCGACGACGGGUAUUCACAUCUCGAUGGCAGCUUUCUCCAAGAUCCGCUACGAUCAACAAAAGCAGGUCGUCGAAAUUGGCUCCGGCUGCCUGUGGGAACAGGUAUAUAGCAAGCUCGCACCCACAGGGCGCAAUGUUGUCGGAGGGGCUUCGGCAGACGGUGUAGGUGUAGGCGGCUGGCUGAUUGGUGGAGGGUACUCGGUUGAAGAGCAACCGCCAUGGCCUUGGGAUCGAUAAUAUCAUCGAAUUCGAGAUCGUCACGCCCGACAGUCGUGUGCGCAUAGCUAACGCGGACAAGAACAGUGACCUAUUUCAAGCUUUGCGUAUGGCGGAUUUCUGCAAGAUCCGCUACGAUCCACGAAAGCAGGUCGUCGAAAUUGGCUCUGGCUGCCUUUGGGACCAAGUAUAUAGCAAACUCGCACCUACAGGACGCAACGUCGUUGGAGGGGCUUCGGCGGACGGCGUGGGUGUAGGUGGCUGGCUGCUUGGCGGAGGUUACUCCUUGAAGAGCAACCGUCACGGCCUUGGAAUUGACAGUGUCGUCGAAUUCGAGAUUGUCACGCCCGACGGCCGUGUGCGCACAGCUAACGCGGACAAGAACAGUGAUCUAUUUCAAGCUCUGCGCGGUGGAGGAAACAACUUCGGCAUUGUCACCAAGUUCACCCUCAGGACCUUUGCUCAAGAGGAAUCGACCUAUGGAUCUUACUUCUUGCUCAAAGGAGAACGCGCUGAAGAUUUCAAGAAUGCGAUGGUCGACUUCGUCGAGAAUGAGACGAGAAAAGAAGCUUGUGUCGUAGCUGCCUUCCGGCACGAGCUCGUUAGAGGCAAGGCCGAUCCCGAAUAUACUAUCUCCACCCUCUGUAUUUUCGAUGGCGAGAAGCCAAAGCGUGAACAAGACGUUCCCUUCCAAGCGUUUGCCCGUUUACAAGAGAACUCCGAAUCCUGGAAGGCAGACCCGGUGGGGUGGAAGCUUGGGAGAACACAUCUCUCAAUUGAUGACGACUCACUGGAGUACUACUCGCCGCAAGGGAAUUGGCUACCGGAUCGUCCAGGCGCUCCUCGAGCUGACGGUUGGACAUGCGACUCUCCGGAAGACGCACCUCCGGAGUACAACAACCUCUUCCCGAGACGCAGGGCUAAUCAGCGUAACAUGGACGAUAAUGAUUCAGUAGCAGCCACUGGGCACUUUCAUCAUAUGUCCUUCUACGAACUGCACGGUGUUCGUCCUGGGGGGCGUCGGGAAAAUCGUUACCCCGACACUUCUCGCGACUGUCAUACUCCCAACCGCCACCACUGCCACCACCACCAUCACCACCACCACAAUGACCACGGCUCCGACGACAACGGCUCUGGCUCUGGCUCCAGCGGUCGUGGUUCUGACUGCAGCACUAAUCACGGUGGCUCCAGCAACGGCAGUGACGAUGACGGCUCUGGCAACUCAGACAACGACGACGACAGUUCCGAAGACGACCCGGAAUACUUCGCGCAUACGGAUUCGAAGGCAGCCAUGACGGCGCGGUACGGCUCGCGGAUCAUGGUGACGAAGAAAGUGGACAAGAUGGGCGAACUGAGCGAACGAGGAAGGUUCGGCUGCCUCAUGAUAUCCAAGUACACCAAGGCUCUACUCGACAAAAUGGAAACGGAAGCGCAGGAGGUUGCGAGCUACCUCAAGACGAACCGCGGCCUGUCUGUCAUCAUAGACGCAUGGCCCGUGCACAAGGCCAUCUUCGACGACAGUCCGCCAGGCGCAGCGUUCCCACACAAGCGCGGCGAGCCCUACGGCCCCAUGCUCGUAUAUUUCCGCUGGGAGAAUGAGGCCGAUGACGACUUCUGGCUCACGAAGCUGAAGGACACGCUCGACCGCAUCCGAGUCGUGGCAAAGGACCUGGGCCUGACGCCGAGGAAGCCAGCAUACUACAACAACCUGUCGCUGGAGACGGUGCCGGCCCACAAGAUCUAUCGAGAUAACAUGGAGUGGUUGAAGAGGGUGAAGGCGAAGUACGAUCCUACUGACGUCAUGGGUCGGUGUGGUGGCCACAAGAUUCCUCUUCCUGAGCGGUCCAACUCAGGGCGGUGCGGCGAGGAGGAUGACAGUGAUUAGUGUAAAGCUCUGCCAUCCCUCCAUUUUUAAGACUCUCGUGCACAAUUCCCGAUGCCUACUUAUGUCUAUGCGCGCCACCAUCUCGGAUUGAGAAAUGUCGUAGAAUAUAUUUCAUG